UCAUGUGGUCUGGCCAGCCGGUGUCGACACCAGCCCGGCCGUCGCGCCGCCCUCAGCGAGCUGCAAUUGGCCCACGGCGACGUCUACACUUUGCUCUUCGGCUCGAGCCCCGCGGGCCGGUCGCGCAUGGACCCCGGCCUGCUGCGCCUCUGCCGGAUGGCGUGUGGCGGCGUCGGCGUCGACUCGGACACCGCUUGGCACACGUCGGGGCACACAGCACACGCGGCUCGUCUGGCCGCCGGUUGUGUGAUCGACUUGGCCUGCCGCGUCUUCCUCGGCCUGGCGCCCAACGGCUUCGCGCUCGUCCGCCCGCCCGGGCACCACGCCGAGCCCGGCCAAGCGAUGGGCUUCUGCUACUUCAACUCCAUCGCGCUGGCGGCUCGGCGCGUCCAGUCGCUCACGGGUCCCGGGCUCGAGUCCGCGCGCCGGCUCGACUUCGGCCUCGGGCCGGGCUCGCGGGCCGCCGAAGCGGCGCGCAUCCUCAUCCUCGACUGGGACGUGCACCACGGCAACGGCACCCAGUCGAUCUUCUACGCCGACCCGAGCGUGCUCUACAUUUCGCUGCAUCGCCACGACGAGGGCGCCUUCUUCCCGGGCACCGGGGCGCCCGAGGAGGCCGGCGUCGGGCCCGGCCUCGGCUACACCAUCAACAUCGCCUGGCCGGCCGGCCUGCCCAUGUCGGACGCCGAGUACCUGGCCGCCUUCCACACGAUCGUGCUGCCGGUGGCGCGCGAGUUCCGGCCGCGGCUGGUGCUCGUCUCGGCCGGCUUCGACGCCGCCCUCGGCCACCCGAGCCGGCUGGGCGGAUACCGCGUCAGCCCGGCCGCCUUCGGCUGGAUGACCCGCCUGCUCGCCCAGCCCGACAUCGCCGGCACGCGCCUCGUGCUCGCCCUCGAGGGCGGCUACGAGCUGCGCGGCCUUUGCGACUGCGUCGAGGCCUGCGUUCGAGCCCUCCUCCGCUCGGCCGAGGCCCGCCGGCCGACACCGGACGCCCAGUCGAAGCCGCAGCCGACCUCCACCUGCCAGUCGGACUCGCAGUCGGUACCACCGCGGCUGAUGUUGCUGUCGCCGGUGGAGCGGUCGCGUCCGCCGGCGCAGCGCGCCGCCGAACUGCUGUUGCGUGUGGCUCGGCUGCACGCCGCCCACUGGCACUGUCUGGCCCGUCUCGAGGGCCUACACGAGAUCGUCGUGCCCGCAGUCGCCUGGCUACCGCCCGACGAGGAGCUGGCUGGCCCGCCGUUGUUGCCGGACAACUUGGAGGCUGUCGAGUCCGGGGCGAGAGGGCGAAGCAGGCCCCCUUUGCGGCGAUCACCGCGACCGAUUGGUCCACGAGCCCCGCAGCCAAAUCGUCUGCCGGCCCAUGGAAACGAAACCGAGGUUGGCCAACAUGUCGUGUUGUUUUGACGAGACGAGUAAAGGGCGUUUGUGGCUUUGCGAAAAAAAGUUGGCUUUAG